UCUCUUGAACCCGUGGACAUUCCGUGCAUUCUUUAUUGGUCUUGGCCUCUCAACCUUUGGUGGAGUACUCGCGGAAAUCUAUUAUUUCAAGCCUGUGUCAUUGAUGUUCCUCGCGGUUGUUUCUUAUAUCCUGGGCAUCUUCAUGGAGCCUUUAUUCCUCGUCGCGGACUCCUGCGCUAUCUGAACCCCGGACCGUUCAACAAGAAAAGAAAAUGCUUUCGUUGUGAUCAUGGCAAGCGCCUCUGCUAACUCCGCCUUAGGUACCGAAGUUCUUGCUGUCCAGCGAUUGUAUUACAAUAUCACGCCCAAUGCCGGUGCCUCAGUGUUCCUACUCUUCUCUUCUCAACUUCUUGGUUAUGGAAUUGGUGGCAUGAUGAGAAGCAUCCUGUUAUAUCCAUCAAAGAUGUUAUACCCCGGUGUGCUACCAUUGCUGUCCAUGUUCGAUGCUCUCUACGAGGGCGGGAUGACAGCACGGAAAAAGCUCAGAGUCUUUUACAUUGUGUUUACUGCUAUCUUUUUUUGGGAGCUUUUCCCAGAAUGGAUCUUUCCGCUUCUGACCGGGUUGUCAAUUAUGUGUCUUGCAGCUCCCAACAAUGCCGCCGUCUCGCGAGUGUUUGGUGGUACAAACGGUAACGAGGGUCUAGGGCUCCUGUCUUUGCUUUGACUGGCAAUAUAUUUCUGGCGGGGUGAACCCUAUGACUAUCCGCUGAAAGCACAGUUCGCGAAUUUACUGGGCUACCUCCUUUGCAUGGUUGUGUUUGUGGCUGUAUAUUACAACAACAUCUGGAAGGCCCAGAACUUCCCAUUCCUUUCUCAACUCUUGUUCUAUGAAAACGGAACACAGUACAAUCAAACACUCAUUCUCAAUUCCAACUAUCAAGUCGAUCCCACACUGCUUGCUGAACAAGGAAUACCUUACUAUUCCAGCACUUGG